AUGGCGCCUAAGCGACGAGUUUCCGGUCCCGCGACGAAGUCGUCGCAAUCCACCCUCGCUUUCCACGGCGCAUCAAACAAAGUCACAAAACCCAGCACGCGCACACCGAGCGGAAAGAAAAAUGUGCUGGCAAAAUUGGUGAAGAAGCAGGAGGAGGCCAAGCCAGAAAUUAUCGAACUCAUAGAUGAGCCCACGACAGCUGAAGCAGCCCUCAUCGAUCAAACCAAGGUAGAAGUCGUCGAAGCGCAACAAGCGCAAAGCACACCUGAGGAAGAAGAGGCCAGGCGCAUAUCAGAAGCAGCGAUCGAGAAGUACUGGGCUGCGAAGGAGAAGCUGAGGACGGCGCCGAGAGUACAUCAGUCAGAUCUGAGCUUGCACGAGAAGGUCUUGCGUGAGUUUGACAUGAGCGCACAAUACGGGCCCUGCACUGGUAUCGCGCGCUUGAAGCGAUGGAAGCGUGCGUAUCGAAUCAACCUCGACCCCCCACUGGAAGUCCUAGCUGUUCUCUUAAAGGAGAUGGACGAGGAUUCGAGCGUGGCGCUUCAACGAUCCCAAGUCGAUGAACUACUAAACUCACGAGUUAAGGCCGAUGCUCCCUGA